AUGCCCCCGCGCGUCCUGACGUCACCCCGUCGCCCGCUGCCGCUGCACGUCGCGUCCUGACGUCGCCCGCUGCUGCACGUCGCGUCCUGACGUCACCCCGUCCUCCGCCAUGGCCAGCUAUAAGAGGCCCACCCCCACCCCCCGUCUCCCUACCAUGGACGCAUACAAUCUCCCCGACGACGACAUCGAUGCCGUCAGCGCCAUACAUUUCGCCACCGCCGACAAUGGCCACCUCACCAUCGUCGCCAAGGACGAUGUCGACGCAACAGUCUGGGCCAUCGACGAGGCUGCCCUUGGGACUGCCCGCGACUGUAGUGUCUCGCGGGCCAUCGAGCACGUCCUCCUCCAGCCUCGCGGUGACGUCCUCACCGACAUUACCUUCACUAAUACCCUCCUCAAUAUGGUAUUUGAUCAGCCUCUCCUCCCUGCCCACGCCCUUGCCGAGUGGUCACACCUCACUCGUCUGGCCUUGGUUGCCUGCACCGGAACAUUCGAGUGGCUCGUCCUCCUGGGCAUCGGCGCUGCACCUGCCCUGCAGGAGCUCUCCCUCUCCCAUUCCGACUAUGACCUCGAAAUCCUUGCAGAAGCACUAGGGCGCCGACGUGACUCUCUGUGCUGCCAGCCUCUCACACUUGAGCUCUCUCGCGUCUUGCCCCUUGCUGAUCUCGACGAUGAAGACGCCCUCCACUACUGUCGCCCCGAGGAGGAUGCUGCCUGGGAUCCAGUCCUCAUCUCCGUAAAGGCAAUAUGCUGGGAGACCUGCCACUGUGCCAACAGUCCGCGCCCCUGCUGGACUUGCCCUAUGGAUAAUCCGGCUGAGUAGCAGCCAUGGAUGUAAGAUCUGCAUGCGUGGGCAGCAACCCAGGUGAGUCGCUGCAACCCUGUGUAAGGCCUGCGCCCCUGACGAAGGGGUCCAUGCCUGCAGAACGACAACGGCCAAGGCUGGGCAUAGGACAUUCAGCCCGGGGUAUGCCUUCCCUCUCAUUAAUUCAGAGCGUUCUGACCAUUGCUGCAGAUCCUGACCAGACGCCGAAUACUUCACAAGGAUGUGUGCGAUGAAGCAGCACAUUGGGACCGUCUGUGGGCUUCGAGGUGUCUAUUAUGUGUACUACAGUGAUAUACAUCGUUCGUCGAUGCCAUGUUUCCUCCACA